GUUUCUCUAUGCUUCCACCUGGCGAGCUGUCUGGCUGUCUGUCAUGGUCAUGACGGUUUUGCUUAUUUUGCCUAAUAUUUCUCGAAAGAAAUUCCAACUAUGUUUCUAGAAAAAAUAACGAAGCUAUUGUAAUUUCGUCCGUUGCUAGCUGUAGUGCCAGUGAAUCACGUGCAGAAGUAGCGAAAAACAUUGCAAAUGUCAAUAUGUCAGGAUCUCGGUCUUAACUUCCAACAGAGAAUGGGCGCAAAUAUAUCGCAAUUGGAAAGAGAUAUCGGCUCAGAGCAAUUUCCACCGAACGAGCAUUACUUUGGGCUAGUCAAUUUCGGCAACACAUGCUACAGUAAUUCGGUACUUCAAGCUUUAUACUUUUGUAAACCAUUCAGAGAAAAGGUUUUAGAAUAUAAAGCAAAGAACAAGAGAACCAAGGAGACCCUGUUAACAUGUCUAGCUGACCUAUUCUAUAGUAUUGCGACUCAGAAGAAAAAAGUUGGAUCCAUUGCACCUAAAAAGUUUAUUGCUCGAUUGAGGAAGGAAAAAGAGGAGUUUGAUAAUUACAUGCAGCAAGAUGCUCACGAGUUUUUAAAUUUCCUAAUAAACCACAUUAAUGAGAUUAUAUUAGCGGAACGCAAUCAAAGCACACUAAAAGUGCAAAAGAACACCUCAGGUGAAAAUGUGCAAUGCAAUGGAACUGUUCCACAGCCCCAGCAGAACACAGAGCCAACGUGGGUGCAUGAGAUUUUCCAGGGCACACUUACCAGCGAGACGCGCUGUUUGAAUUGUGAGACUGUUAGCAGCAAAGAUGAACACUUUUUUGAUCUACAGGUGGACGUCGGUCAGAACACAAGCAUAACACAUUGUCUAAAAUGCUUCAGCGAUACUGAAACACUAUGCAACGAUAACAAAUUCAAAUGUGAUAACUGUAGCAGCUACCAAGAAGCCCAAAAGCGAAUGCGUGUCAAGAAAUUACCACUCAUCUUAGCUCUUCACUUAAAGAGAUUCAAAUAUAUGGAACAGUACAAUAGACAUAUCAAAGUGUCGCAUAGGGUUGUAUUUCCUUUAGAGCUUAGGCUUUUUAAUACGUCGGACGACGCGGUGAACCCAGACCGGUUGUACGACCUGGUGGCUGUGGUGGUACACUGCGGGUCAGGGCCGAACCGCGGCCACUACAUCAGCAUUGUCAAGAGUCACGGAUUCUGGCUACUCUUCGACGAUGAUAUGGUUGAUAAAAUCGACGCGUCAGCUAUAGAAGAUUUCUACGGCCUAACUUCGGACAUUCAAAAAUCAUCUGAAACAGGAUAUAUUCUGUUCUAUCAAUCUAGAGACGCUAGUUGUUAAGUUUCUCCCAUAAAAACGAUAAUAUUUAUUAUUAUUAAGAUAGUCAUUAUGAUAGAUCAUGUUAAACGCCUCCGUUAAAGUUAAAAGGCAUAAAUUAU